ACGGAACCCACCACCGAACCAACCGUUAAUUAAAACAGAACAGCCGUGUCUGCCUCCCUGCCUUUUUUAGUAAGAGAAACAAAGUAAUUAAGUGUGAAUUAAGAGAGAGUGCAAAAAAUUUCAGUUUCUCUGUCAGUUUUUAGAGAGAGAGACAGACAGAGAGACGGUGGGGUUUGGGUUUUUUGAGGUUUCUUCUGAUCAAGAAACAAUAAUAAUGGGUAGUGAUAAUAAUAAUGUGAUAAACAGAAAAGAUUACAUUUUGCUGAAAGAUUUCAGAAAGGAAAUUGAAGUUGAAAAUGAAAAGGAUUUUUCUAUUUCUUUUUGGGUUUAUCUUAUCAACUCCUCCACCGCAGCAUUUCCUGCUACAAUCAUCAAACAGGUUUACUCGGAUAUUAGCAGCGAUGCUCCUUUUCUUGUUCUAAAUGAGAAGAAGAUAAUGACACUUUUUCCAUUCCUCCAUGCUCACAAAGAAACUACAAAUUUUAGUAAUUCUACAUCUAUGGAGAUUGAGUUUCCUCUGGAAAAUUGGAUUCAUGUUGGAUGUGAGGUUGUUACCGAUAUGUUGCGGUUUCACAUUAAUGGGAAGAUUGUAGGAGAGCAGCCUCAGUCAUUCUCCCUUGACAAAAGCUCGAACUCCAAUGGACUGAGGAAGAUAACAUUAGCUGGUGCUGGUGGAGAUGAUGGCUUGCAGGGUUAUGUUCACCAUGUAGAAGUCUUGCCUUUAAGCAUGUCCAUUAAGGAACACUAUGUUAAGGACCCACCUGUACGAUUAUCGAUUGAUCUCUCUUCAACCUCUGAAAUCGAUGAAGACAGUGAUAGAAUUUGGAAUAUUGUUGGAGGCAAGGCUUCAUGUCGAAGGAUUUUUUCCUUGGAUGUGGUUUUAUUAAAUGCAAUAUGCCAGGCUGUAAACAAGGAAUUGGAGAUUGUUGCUUCACUGGUUUAUGCGGACAGUGGGCUUCCUGUGGAGAAAACAUCUGAUGAUGAAGAUCCCCUUUUGGCAAGCUGUGAUGGGAUAGAAUUUGCUUCUUAUGAUAGACCAGGCAAACUAUUGCAUGGGCAUGCAUCCUUGAAGCUCAAAAUAUCCCAGCUUUCAUCGAAGUGUGAUAAUAGGCUUUUCCGCAUUAAAUUAGAAAUUCCAAAAUUCAGUGGGUAUCAUUUCCUAGAGGCAUUUUCCCAUCCAAUCCGUUGCAUCUCUCGAAGUCGUAAUCCUCGGACAUCUCUGACAUGGAAAAGGCCAACCUCUGCUGCUGACCCUUUAAAUAAAUAUCAAUCAUUUGGACUAUGUAAUGGAUCCUUGGAAUUGCAGCAAAACUCUAUCCACAAAAUAAGACCUAGUCCAUCAUCAAAACGGAUCAAACUGGGGCAAGAAAGGACAUCUGCAACGGGGCAGCCAGAUGCGGCAUGCUACUCUGAUACUUGGACAACUAAUCAGGUUGCAAAUGCAGUAGGGACACAAUUAGCCAGGGGAGCAGAGAAUAUUGAAGAAGCAGACAAUUCACCAUCUGUAUCAGACAGUAUUGAAGAAAGGUUAUCGGAUUUCAAUAUUAUGUCAAGUGGCGGCUAUUCAAUUUCUGAUGUGAUCAUUUUUAAAUACUGCCUGGGAGGCUUGACUGACAGGGCUCUUCUGCUGAAGGAGGUUGCAACCUCUGCCUCUGAAGAAGAGCUUUUUAGACUUGCAAAUGAGGUUUCAUUGUACUCAGGAUGUUCACACCACAGGCGACAGAUAGUGAUAUCAAAGAGGUUGAUAGAGGAAGGAACCAAAUUUUGGAAUUCAAUCUCACAAAACAACCGCCACAUUCAAUGGAAGAAUGUGAUUUUUGAGAUUGAAGAGCGAUUUAUGAGGAUUACUUGCUCCAGUACCAGAUCUCUUACCGAACAGGAUUUUGAGCUCUUGAGGAGAAUUUCUGGAUGUGGGGAAUACAUGGCUCAAGAAAAUUUUGAGAAGAUAUGGCGUUGGUUGUACCCUGUUGCUUUUACAUUAACGAGCGAUUCAAUAAACACAAUAUGGAAUUCUACAUCACCAAAGUGGAUAGAAGGAUUUAUUACAAAGGAAGAAGCAGAACUGUCACUUCAGGGUCCUCGGGGUCUUCAAGAGCCUGGAACAUUUGUACUGCGCUUUCCUACUUCAAGGAGCUGGCCCCAUCCUGAUGCAGGUUGCUUAAUUGUGACCUACGUUGGCAGUGAUUACACUGUUCACCACAGGCUUCUUUCCCUUGAUUAUAUCUACAGUUGUGAGGAAAGCGAGAUGAAUGGGAAAUCACUAGAAGACAUGCUGUUUGCCGAGCCUGAGCUCUCUCGAUUAGGAAGGAUAGUAAGACAACGUCAAUUAACUUGAUUGAGGCUUAGAGGAAUAUCCUUCCGAUUUUGCUUUUUGGUGAUAUGGAAUCAUCAUCUCUGUAUAUUCUUAAUCCUCUUCCUGGCUGCUGCUGCUGCUGCUGCUGCAUCUUUUUCCUCUUAUUUAAUAUUUCUGCUCCUCUCUUAGAUUCUUAGAUGCAUGUCUGUGAUGCGCAUGAAGCAGAGGGGGGAAUGCUGUAUUGUCAGCCGUAGGCGUUUUAACAAGAUAUUCUCCAGUCAACUUUUGGCUUUUGUCAAACCAGGCCUUGUCAAUUCAAUUCUUUACAUUUCAAGUA